CCCUGAUCCAUCUUUAUAGUGACCAUCCAGUGCUGCAGCAGCUGUCCACACCAGACCCUGAUCGUUUUCCUGGUGCCUCUCGACUCGUGACUGCAGACAAUCACAUGCUCGGGUCAUUACACAGCCCACACAAACCAAAUCUUGGGGGCCAAACGCGCGUCCGCAGCAGCGCCCAGACGAUUGUUAGGCUUCUCCCGGCCCGUUCCUCCUACUCAUCGACCAAAUUACGGGCGCACAGGGGUGUGGUGGUGAUAGGUUUCAUCCUUCACCAUACCUCGACUGCCACCGCAGCUCGCCAAGAUCCCACCCUUCACUCCACAAGACUCCGCGCCGCCCACCAACAGCCCCAUCGUCGUUCAAGCCUCUGCUCCAGCAGCAGCAACCACAACAACGCCAGCGAGCGCAAUUGCUCUUACCAGCGAAAAUCUUGAUACCGGCAAUCUGGAGCGGCGGCGAAGGACCAGAACUAGAUCAGAAGUCGAUUCGGACAGCGAAGCCGAGGCGAGACAAGCGUCUCGAAGUGUUCGACGCGCGGUAGUGACCACGCGCGCAACAAGUGGCGAAGCCGAGCCAAGACGCAGCACGAGCCUG